UGUGUGUGUGUGUGUGUGUGUGUGCGUGCAGCCUCAGACGGAGCUCUCUCCACUAACGGAUCGGUGUGCCGGCUAUUAGCCCGUUCCUCCCCAGUAAUUAGCCCAGUUGUGUGCCGUUACUCUGCACCAGCAUGUCGUCCAGCACACAGAAGCAGAACCAUGACCAAAACCUGGAGCCAAAGCAGGAGCCGGACCAGGACCAGGAGCCGAAACCGGAGACUAACCAAGCGGUGAAGGAGGAGAAGGCCGAGGAGACCAAGAAUAAAAAAGAUGAGACCGAGAAUAAAAAAGAGGAGACCGAGAAUAAAAAAGAGGAACCGAAGGAGGAGAAGAAAGAGGAGCCGAAGGAGGAGAAGAAAGAGGAGCCGAAAGAGGAAACGAAGGAGGCAAAGAAAGAGGAAGAUACAGGGAAGAAGGAGGCUAAGGAAGAACCAAAGGAGUCCUGGAGGGACAGCAUCUACAACCCCCGGACCGGGGAGUUUAUGGGCCGGACUGCGCGCAGCUGGGGUCUCAUCCUUCUCUUCUACUUCGUCUUCUAUGCCUUUCUGGCUGGGAUGUUCUGUCUUACCAUGUGGGUGAUGUUACAAACUCUGGAUGAAAACACCCCGACCUAUCAGGACCGAGUGGCCAGUCCAGGUUUGGUGAUUCGUCCUCAUGCAGCUGACAUCUCUUACAACCGCAGUGACCCUACAAACUACAAACAGUACACGCAACACCUGCACAACUUCCUGCAGAAUUAUAACGACAGCGUUCAGGAGCGCAACGACCUGUGUCUGGUGGGGGAGUACACAGAUCAGGACACCGAGCCGGUGAAGAAGGUUUGCCAGUUCAAACGCAGUCUGCUGCGCCAAUGCUCCGGUCUGUCUGACACUAGCUUCGGAUACGCCGAGGGGAAACCCUGCAUCAUCAUCAAGAUGAACCGGGUCAUCGGACUGAAACCAAAAGGAGACCCUCUCAUCAACUGUACCGCCAAGGGAGACAGUCCGUUAAAGAUGAAGUACUUCCCGCCAGAGGGACGCCUGGACAAGAUGUUCUUCCCCUACUACGGCAAGAAUGCUCACCCGGACUACGUGCAGCCUCUGGUCGCAGUGCAGCUGUUGCUAUCAAAAGAGGACCUGAACGUGGAGCAGACGGUGGAGUGUAAAGUGGAGGGUUCAGACCUGCUAAACAACGAUGAGCGGGACAAGGCUCUAGGUCGGGUCACUUUCCGGGUCAUGGUGUCCCAGUAAUUGAACCAGCCAGUUAUCCUGGAUCCCACAAACUCAUUUAAAUUGUGAAUGAAUCACUCUGUAAUCCAGACCUGAUCUAAUCCUGGACAUCUGAAUCUGUUUCACCCUAUAUGAGGUCACCUAAACCACUGAGACCUGAUCCUGACCCGGUUUCCUUCCAGAUCCUGGUCCUAAAUGUGGUUCAGGCCUGAUCCUUGUUCAGGUUAGGACAUGAUCUGGGUUCAGUCCUGUUUUUGAAGGUUUUCAGAUGUUGGAGCAGAUCAGGUCUGUUGAAGCAUGUGGACUGGCUGCACAUAGAUGUGUUGUUUUUUAAGUGUAUUUUCAAAGUGUUGUGAUAAAUAGAAAGAGCCCAGCAGUCAGUAAGAGCACAACCAACAGUAUUAUUGAAGACAGGAAAAUUGUUGUUUUUAAACUUUGUAAAAGAUUCAGUUGGUUAGUAAUAGGGCUACUGUUUUCCACAUAUGGGUGCACAUGAACUGCCUUUACGAUAUAAGGAAACUGUACAUGUGAUGACUCAGUUUCCAGCUGUUCAUCCGGCUCAGGGAGGAGGAACUGACAGCAGCAGGAUGGCUGAGCAGGUUUACAGCAGUUUGUCCAGAAAGAGAGCAGUACACUGUAGCACCCAGAUGUUAUAGCAGUAAUCACAGUACUGUCUGUAUGUUCACAUUACACAUCAGCAUUGAACAGAAUAUUCCAGUUUAUGCAAACGACUGCCGAAAAAGAUUUUAGUGUUUAAGCACAAACUUUUCAUAGAUGGGUUAAAGAUGUAGAAAAUGAUAAAUGUUAAGUGUUUCAUCUGAAUGCUUAUUGUAGUAUCCUGUUUCAAAGUGUCCCAGUGUAACACUGACUCUAGAAUAGAGAUGAAUUAUUAAGAUGAUGAAAUCAGGUCUUUUAGAGGGUGCUUUAUACGGGUGUUGACCAGAUGGAACUGAAAGUGCACCCUCUAGAGUUUUAACAAUACACUGUGAGGGAAAACGCUGCCGGUGCUCUACCUGCUGGGACCCCCACCCGUGUUUUUAAAUAUACUUUAUUACACGUGAGUUUUACCAAUAUGUCCAACCUACUGUUGUACAGUUUUUUAAUGUGAAUUUCAAUGUAAUCCAAAUGACUACUGUUGUAUGAUUAUUUA